ACCAACAAUCAGUCGGAGUUGAACGGUACGCGCGCGUUGUUGCCACCGGCGCGUAGCUUUACAAAGUUUUGCAGUUGGACAAAAAGCAUAGAAUACGCGUAAAUUUUUCAUACAAAAAACUUCUAACAGAAACCUCUUCACUCAACUAUGGGUGUCUUAAUACGCUUCGUGGUGGUGAUCGCCUCGUUUGGCCUUGCCGUGCUUUUACAAAACUAUCGCCUUCUCUCACGUUCCCUACCAGCACCCCAACUGAACGCCACGCAAUAUUGGGGGCCGGGCAGUGAUAACAAUUACAAAGAAGAUAGCGCGAUUAAGCCAUUUGAUAUCAGAGCAAAUCCUGAGCUCAUCGCUGAACUUAAAGCGCAAUUGUCGCGACCAUUGACCCUGCACGAACCGCUGGAAGGUGUUGGCUUUCAAUAUGGUUUCAACGCCAAGGAGCUGCAGAACGUCGUCACAUAUUGGCGCGAUACAUAUCUGCCUAAGUGGGCUGAAAGCGAAGCGUACCUGAAUCAGUAUCCACAUUUUGAAACACAAAUUCAGGGUUUGCGCAUGCACUUUAUCCAUGUAAAACCACAAGCCACCGAAGGAAAAAAGAUACUCCCAUUACUGCUACUUCACGGAUGGCCUGGUUCUGUACGCGAAUUCUACGACUUCAUUCCUUUACUUAUAACUCCCAAUUCGAAAAGCGAUUAUAUUUUCGAAGUGAUUGCACCCAGUUUGCCCGGUUAUGGCUGGUCACAGAGUUCCUCGAAAGUCGGCUUUGGCACCGCUCAAAUAGCUGUUGUUCUGCGAAAUCUUAUGCUACGCAUUGGACAUGAGAAAUUCUUAGUGCAAGGUGGCGAUUGGGGAUCUGUGAUCGGUUCUAGCAUGGCUGCACUCUUCCCUCAAAACGUAUUAGCCUAUCAUUCGAAUAUGUGUACCGCCAUGAAUCCACUCGCGCUAAUCACAAAAGGGUUGCGCAUCCUAUUUCCCAGCAUUUACCUUAAACAAGAACACAGAGAAUUCUUUCGUUCUUUCGGCGAUGAGCUUUCAUAUAUUCUUGAAGAAACUGGCUACUUGCAUUUACAUACUACAAAACCGGACACCAUUGGUGCGGCCCUGUCGCACAAUCCCAUUGGUUUGGCUGCUUAUACAUUGGAAAAAUUCUCAACUUGGACCGAUCCGGAAUACAGAAACCUGCCGGAUGGUGGUCUGACGUUGCGUUACACAAUGGAUAGCCUCUUGGAUAAUGUUAUGAUUUAUUAUAUAACAAAUUCAAUAACGACAUCGCAGCGCAUCUACGCAGAGGCGUGGUCAACAAUUCAAAAUGAUAUUGAACGCGUUCACGUCCAGGUGCCAACUGCUUGUGCACGCUUUAAGUGGGACAUGAUGCAUGCCAGCGACAGCGAAUUGAAGCACAAAUACAAAAACCUCAUUCAAAGCACAUUUUACAAAGAUGGCGGCCAUUUUCCAGCAAUGGAAUUGCCAGAGACUCUCUACGGGGACUUCAUUGAAUUUGUUAAAAAAGCUGGCUUAUAAAUUUACUAAACUAAAUAGUUGAUAAAUAAUUUGUAUUUUGAGGUGUUUCUAGAAGAAUGUGUGGUUUUCUUAUUAUAACUAACGGGAAAAUGUGUACUGCAUAUCGGAAAGAUGCAUACAAGUAGAUAUGUAUGUGUGUACUUAUAUGCCUUUAACCUCUUGUUUUUCUGCUACAUUUUUUCAGAAAUGAAUCUCACUGUAAAUGAAAUAUUUUAUGUAAUAAGUUUUAUAAUUUUACCGUAAUUUUUUAUCAUCUAAACAACACAGACAACAAGGUUCAUUGCACAGCCUAAAA